AUGCUGCAUUGGCGAAGUAUAGAACUAAAGUUAAUAAUGAAUUAUCAACAACUUUAUGAAACUGUCACAAAAACAAUUAAGCAUCAGCCUGGAACAGCUAUAUCUGAUGCACUUAAAAAUCUUCUUAAUUAUCUUAAUACUAAACUUGAAAAUAAAUCCUAUUAUUUACUUAUAAAGUCAUAUCCAACACUUAGCCAAAUUCUUGAAGCUGUUGAAGCAAAUGGACUUGAAGAUUAG